GGAAGUGCAGUAAAGAACGGAAUUUGAUAUAAAAGCACUCUUGUUUUAGGUAAAGCAAAUCAAAAAUGUCUCAAGCUCUGUCUAUAAUUCCAAGAAUGGUGAAACUCCCGCCACUCAAAGCUCUCUCACUCUUCAAUUCUUCAAAUCAACACACUCCCGAAUCUUUAUGUACACUUCUCCAACUACUUCUCUCCUCGAACUUGCUCUCACAGGCUCAAUCCAUCCUCCUGCAGCUGAUUUCGGGUCGGCUCGAACACUCUAUUUCUUCAAUUUUUCAUCAUUUACCUCCCUGUUAUGCACACUGUACUCUUCUUUAUGAAGUUAUAAUCAAUGCCCACGUCAAAUCUCAGGUACCUGAAAAUACCCUUUUCUAUUUCUAUGAAAUGCUUCAGAAAGGACUUGCGCCCACUUCAAAUACUUAUAAUAAUGUGCUGAUUUAUCUUCUUAAAGGUAGGAGUUUUAGUGAAAGUUGGGAUUUUUUUAAUGGAACUAAGGGCAGGGUUGUCUUGGAUUUGUAUAGUUUUGGAAUUAUGGUCAAGGGUUGUUGUGAUAAUAAUGAAAUAAGUAAGGCUUUUGAGGUUUUUGAGAUGGUGGAGAAUUUUGGUUUUUGUGCAAAUGUUGUCAUAUAUAGUUCUUUGAUUGAUGGGUGUUGUAAGAAUGGGCAGAUUAGGCGUGCCAGGGAGUUGUUUAUUAAGAUGAGAGAGUUGGGUUUGGUUGCAAACCAGUACACUUAUACAAUUUUGAUCAAUGGGUUUUUCAAGAAUGAUCUUAAACGUGAUGGUUUUGAGUUGUUUGAGAAGAUGAAGAGUGACGGGGUUUUGCCGGACUUGUAUACUUAUAAUGCGGUGAUGAAUGUAUUUUGUAAAGAUUGCAAUGUUCAGAUGGCCUUUCGACUGUUUGGUGAUAUGCGCGAGAGAGGUGUGGCCUGUAAUGUUGUUACCUAUAAUGUAUUACUAGGAGGGUUAUUUAAAGAAGGCAGGGUGGUGGAGGUGGAGAGGUUACUUGAUCGGAUGAGGGGGGAUGGUUUGAAUCCUACUGUGAUAACUUAUAACAUUCUGAUAGACGGAUUUUGUAACAUUGGUAGAUUUGACAAAGCUUUAUCGUUUUUUAAUCAAAUGAAAUCUUCUGGUUUAUCACCAUCUUUUGUCACUUACAAUGUUUUAGUUGCUGGUUUUUCAAAAGAUGGAAAUCCAGCAAAGGUUGCAGAGUUAGUACGGGAGAUGGAGGAGAGAGGCAUUCCUCCAACAAAAGUGACAUAUACAAUUCUAAUUGAUUCAUUUAUCAGAUCAAAUAACAUGGAGAGAGCUUUGGAAGUGCAUUCCUGCAUGGAAAAGGCUGGUUUGGUUGCUGACAUAUGUACAUAUGGGGUCUUGGUACAUGGUUGGUGCAGUCAAGGCAAUAUGAAGGAAGCUUCAAGGGUGUUUAGAUCAAUACGUGCCACUGGUUUGCAGCCAAAUGAUGUUAUAUACAAUAUGAUGAUUUACGGUUACUGUAAAGAGAAUAAUUCUUACAGAGCCUUGAGGCUAAUUAAGGAAAUGGGUGAAAAUGGAAUGAUUCCAAAUAUGGCUAGUUACAUUAUGACUAUUGAAGUUCUUUGCAAGGAUGGAAAGUUGGAAGAAGCCCAAAAACUCCUUAAUGAAAUGAUUAAACUUGGCUUAGAACCAUCAGUGUCUACUGUAAAUAUGAUUUCUAAGGCCCAAGUUUCAGUAAGUAAGUGAUCUUUCAGAAAAGACUUGCAGAUAGGAAAUGUUAGACAUGGAUGGAACUAAUAUCUCACGACUUUCAAAUCAGUAGCCCAAAUCCGUCCUCUCUUGGCAUCAAACAUGAAAAGUCGCUCAAGGACUCUAAGUGCCACCACUUGGUUGAGAAAUGGUUCUAGCUGAAGCUUUAAAUUGGAUUUCAAGUGGCUGCUGAUAUCGAGAUAAAAUUCUAGCUCGUACACAAAGAGUUGUUAAUUGGUUUGUGGUAGCCAUUUAGUACUCUGCAAACUUUGCAACAAAUGGUUUAAGAGAUAAGGGAGAAGGUGAAAAAAGAAUAUAUGUGGGAAGGAAGAACGAGAUUCUACAACCGAACUCUUCCAUGUGGAUCAGCUGCUGGGGAAUCUUUUGUCAUUUGAACAAGGGUAAUCUAUAAUGCUACCCGUGAAUGGCGCGACUGUAGAUUAUAUAAACCCUGUUUUAAAUCAUGUACUCAUGUUAAUUUUAUGGCCUAGCAAUUUGUACACGACACUUUGUACAUGACACGAAUACUUAGUAUUUGGGUUUUUUAUACAAAAAACAAGAAAGUACAUCAUGAAUUUAGUGUCGGUUAUAGGUCUGGUGGCGAGCCUUAUUUCAGUUAUAGUAGUUGUUCACAUGAGAGUAAAUGCAAUGAUUAAAACGACAAAAAGUAAUGAGUUCCACUAUUCUCCUUCUAGAUACUUGCUCCUAAAAAGUUGCACCCAAUGUAAGUUCUAAACUCCCGUCAUGAUGUGAAAAGAUCAACUCAGUAAGAUGGUGAUCCGUGGCAGCAAUCCCAGAAGCAUGAUACAGAGAAGGAAAUUGUGAAGAAGAAUGUUAAAGUAUUCAAGAUCUAAAGCAUGUGUGGGGCAU